AUGAAACGUGUAGAUUGUGGAAGACGAGAAGGUGAAGAGCGACGCCAGCAAGCGAGCCUUCCCCGUCUCGUCGUCUUGAUCUCGAUUACACUCUCUGGCUCUAUUUCUGAAGCUAAGGGAAUACUGCAGGCCUUAAAGGAGAGUGGUAUUGAUCUGGUCAUAGCUUCUCGGUCUCCAACUUCUCACAUUGCACGAAAAUUCCUCGAGAAAUUGGGCGUUCGAUCCAUGUUUGUAGCCGAGGUAUCUCGAAUGGGCGUGACGAGUGUUUUAGUCGGUAACGGGAUAACUCUCGGGGAAAUGAGACAGGGGCUCUUACUCUUAGGAUAUGCCGGAAGAUCAUCUUCAUCCGCCCGCAGAAACUUGGACUGAAGGUAUACUCAUCACUGUGUAUUCGUAUAGCAAUACUCCAUAACCAACAAAAAAAAAAAUGCCUUUGGACGACAUUCGUGUGCAUUAUCACACUUAUAAUAAUCAUUUAUCGUAACUAUGAUGAUUUAACCAUCUUUUUAAUGAUUUGCGCAUUGAGUAUGUGUAUCUUAUACAUGAGUUACGGUUUUUACUGAACCAUGACAUUUUUUGUGUCACUGAAUGAUAAUUUAA